AUGCUCGCAACAACGUCAUCCCGGCCGCUCUUAGCCCACCACCACGGCCAGCGUAUGUUGCAACACCGGCUUCCCCUCCUGUCAGUGCCGUCCGCUUCGCCGUAUUUAAGUUCUGCUUCUCGCGCCCGUCAGUUCCACCGUCUUUCUUCUCUGCAGUCCAACAACUUCAAGUCGAGAUCAGACAUCUUCUCCCAGCCUCGAAACCGAACGUUCUCAUCCACAGCUUCUCAGCUCUUCUCUCAAACAUCUGCAAACAUGGUUGUCAACAAUAUCAAGAACCGCGAGGAGUACAACAAGGCCAUCGCCGGACCCAAGCUCGUUCUCAUCGACUGCUUCGCCACCUGGUGCGGACCAUGCAAGGCCAUCAGCCCCAAGGUCGACUCCCUCAGCGAGGAGUACGGCUCUGAGGUUGAUUUCUACAAGGUCGAUGUCGACGAUUGCCCAGAAAUUGCCCAGGAACUCGGUGUCCGAUCCAUGCCCACCUUCGUCUUCUUCAAGGGCGGAGAGAGACUCGAGGAUGUUGUCGGCGCCACUGCCCAACCUAUCAUUCUUGCCCUCAACAAGCACAAAUAG